UAACCAAAAGUGCACAACCGUUACCGUCUGGCUCGCCAAUUCUCUCUCUCUCUCUCUCUCUCUCUCUCUCUCUCUCUCUCUCAGAAACACUGAGAUUCAUCAGCUUCUAUGAAUUCGAUUUCUACAAUUCAAGGAAGAUGAUUUUGUCAUUUUCCGGAGUUUACGCCUUUCAACAGAGGGAUCAGGCUUGCACAUUAUCGAACAUUUGUUGAAACUUUGGGCAGACGUUGUUAUGAAAGCUGAAACUUCCAAAGCUGGACCGUUCAUUGAGGUGAAUUGUAGAUUAAUAUGCUCAUGAUAUCAUGAGGGGAAACCUUGUUACAAUGCGAUGAAAAAUUUACUUGAGAGCCUUGCUGUGAUCCUGAUGAAAGAAUUUUUCCGGCUCUUUGCCGGGCAUAAAAUUGGCUGGAAAAAGAUAUUUUUUAUUGGGGCCAUUAUGACAGCGGUAUGUGUCAUGCUGCAAAUGUUUAUACUUGCUGACCCACUGGACUUGUGGUUCCUCUCUCUGCCCUUUGAGAUGCCAUCAGGUAAACUCUUGAACAAUAGCCUGCGCUUGAACAAGACCUCUACUGAGGCAAAGAUCAAGCGGUUGCAAAUCUUUCCUCGUGCUCCCAUUGUUUCACCACAACCUUCUAUUGAGUUGAAUCUUUCAGUGGCAAUUCAGCCAGCUGCUCUCUCAGUUCCUCCGCAGAGAAAAUCUCCAUCUAGAAGGAGAAGAAAAAACGCCAGGGGAGAUAACAUUGCAAAGGUCACACCUCCUCCUCCUCCCCCUCCAUAUCCAAAGGUGCCUCAUCGUUUGCAGAAAUUCAUUUGGUCAUUGACACCAAAUGAGGCACUUGUGUAUGCAAAGAAAGAGAUUGAGUAUGCCCCAGCACUCACUGAAGAUGAUCCUGAUCUAUAUGCCCCUAUAUUUCGGAACGUUUCAGUUUUCAAAAGGAGCUAUGAGUUGAUGGAACUGAUACUUAAAGUUUACAUAUACCGUGAUGGAGAAAGGCCCAUUUUUCACAGACCUCAUCUCAGAGGAAUUUAUGCUUCUGAAGGAUGGUUCAUGAAGCUGAUGGAGGAAAACAGGCAGUUUGUCACAAGGGAUCCAGAAAAGGCUCACUUAUUUUAUCUUCCUUACAGUAUGCGGCAACUGGCGAUGUCACUUUAUGUUCCCAAUUCACAUAAUUUGAAACCACUCUCAGUUUUCCUGAGAGAGUAUGCAAACAUUAUUGCUUCAAAGUAUCCUUUUUGGAAUCGCACACAUGGGUCAGAUCAUUUCCUUGUUGCUUGCCAUGACUGGGGCCCGUACACAUUGACUGCUCAUGAAGAACUAACCAAAAAUACUAUAAAAGCUCUAUGCAAUGCUGACACCUCUGAAGGAAUCUUUGUGGCUGGGAAGGAUGUUUCACUGCCAGAAACAACUAUCCGGACCCCCAGAAAGCCUCUCAGAAAUGUUGGUGGGUUAAGAGUAUCCCAGCGCCCACUUCUGGCCUUCUUUGCAGGAAACAUGCAUGGAAGAGUCCGCCCGACUCUUCUCAAGUACUGGCGGGACAAACAUGAUGACAUGAAAAUCUAUGGGCCUCUGCCUCUUCGAGUCUCGCGAAAGAUGUCAUAUAUCCAGCAUAUGAAAUCGAGCAAAUUUUGUAUUUGCCCUAUGGGAUAUGAAGUGAACAGCCCUAGGAUCAUUGAGUCCCUCUACUAUGAGUGUGUCCCAGUGAUUAUUGCAGAUAAUUUCCCCCCUCCCUUGAGUGAUGUGAUAGAUUGGAGUACAUUUUCUGUUAUCGUGGCCGAGAAGGAUAUUCCCAAGUUAAGAGAAAUUUUAAUGGCUAUUCCUAUGAGAAGAUAUCUUGCUAUGCAAAUUAAUGUGAAAAUGGUGCAGAAGCAUUUUCUUUGGAACCCGAGACCAAUCAGAUAUGAUUUGUUCCAUAUGAUUCUGCAUUCGAUUUGGAUUAGCAGGUUGAGUCAGAUUCAAAUCCCGGAAUCCUAGUAUAGCGUAAGACUAGUGAAGAGUGAAGUGUAAGACUGACUACUGACCACGAUGCAAGUCCAAGAAGUGGCUUGGCUGUUGACUUUAUGAAGGACUUCAGAUAACAUUUGGUGCCUCCAGCCGGGUUUCAUUCUAAGUUUCCAAGUUCUUUGAACUGAACCACGGAUGAACGUUUUCUGGGAAGACAGGGGUGGAUGCCAAGAUGAGAACUCCUAAUGCAGUUUCGAUCUUUUUCGAGAGUUCAUUUGAUGUUCAAUCUGUGGCAUGACUGCGACCUUAAUCAGAUGCGUACUACUCUACUAACUUGUUAAUACAUUGCAGGAUAGACGAGAAAGGGAAGGAGUCUGCGUUGCUCUGUGACGCUUUGUUGGACCCAGAUAAAUCUUAAUUAGACGCUCCAUCAUAAUAAAAUCAUUGUGCAUUUUACCGUACACAGACGAUCCGAUAUGAUUCACUGUAAAUCGAAAAUUUUCCGUUGUUAGGAAUGUAAGUCCAUAAUUGUUGAUGCUGAUAUGUAAGUCGUCAAUUUUGAAACAAGCACUAUGUGAUCCUUUUUGUUUUUAAGGUAAUAAUGGGAUUUCAUUUA